UUACGCACAAUGAAGGAAUAUUACUCCGGGCUCCAAAGUGAAUUCCCAACGGACCAAGCAACAUGACUUGGCCGAAUGGCAAUUCGAAGCCACGAGGUGCUGACUAAGCCACGAUGCAGAAGGCGGAAAUCCAGCACGCACUCGCUGGUUCUAUCUCCCCCACCAUCACUCACCACUAGCAGCGCGCCAGAGGGCCGCAUUUCUUUCCAUUCUACCAUGACAACGUACUUUUCUCUUUAACCUGUUGUCUUGCUGCUUGAAUUACUCCAUAAUGGCCCGGAUGGACUCUACAUCGGUCGCCUACGACCAACAGCCAUCGUCUGACGACCUCUCAUCUGCUUCCUUUGGUUCACGUUCGACUUGUCCAUCUUCAAAUCUAUUCGGAAUUUCGUGUACAAAUAAUGAUUCCUCUCUUGACGGCACCGGAAAAGUAGGCCACAUCUGCGAUGUCGACGGCCUGCAAGGCAAGGUGUCGGCCUCGUAUCCUUCACCUCCGCCAAGCAGCUCGCCACUGGGACGGAGCGUGCCUCUUCCCACCGUAUGUGUGGGAGGCCCUUACAAACUACCUGUGGGAGCCACAUACGGGGGUAUACUAGACUCGCCAGUGCUCGUAGACCAUGACUUAGCCAAAUCAUUUCUACCGCUUUCACCGCCUCCUACCGUUCCUACCCCGACAACGGCUCUUCCCCCGACAGACGAACCAGCGGUUCCGCAUCUGCCUUUUGCCCCGCAGCUUGAUCUUUCUUUACCAUUCCCCCUAAUCAGCGACGGCAAUCUUCUAUCGCCUCUUUCGCCUGAAUGGGAGUCCAGCAAGAUCACAGAUAUUCGGAGCAGUCCUACUCAUACGGAGCCAAGUGUUCUAUUGGCGGAGCAUCGUCUAGAGGACGAUAUCACAUCUCCACUGUCGCCGUUACCGCCUCUGGAUGUCGACGAGCCCCAACCCGGCCCCAGCCAUUACUAUGUGCCUUCCCCGCAGCAACUGGGCCCCGUCGACGAGGACUUGGAUUGGUGGCCUCACCAGUCACCAAGCCUGCAUUCUUGUGCGCUUCCCCCGGAUGAUGAACCUGAAUCUCCCCCAGACGACUCUUUCUAUUCAUUGAUAUACGACUUCGUUCCGGACGAUGCACCUCAUGUGCCACAUCCUAGUCCGACGAUACAGACGCUCGAUUUACCAGAUGACCCAUACGACCCGCCGAUACAGAAUCUUUCCCUCCUUGCGCCACCCAACAACGAAAACUCGCUUCCACCAGAAGGGUCUGACCGUCAUAGCCUGUUACUUAUAGAUUAUGCCAACGAUGUACCGCAGCCACGUUCCCCCUCUCCCGAAAAUUUUGACCUGAACCCCUUGAUUGUCAACGGAUGUUCAGAUCCCGACCUUCAGAAACUGAUUGAGCUACGCAGGCGAUCUCAGACUGCUGAGCGUGUCGCAAGGCAGCUGGAGCACACCAUGCUCGAUCGUGGCGAUAUGAUAGGACGAGCAGAGGCGAAGUGCGAGCGGAAGCGCGAGAAGGAGAGGACGAGGGAGAUCUCCGCUUUGUUGAGGCUAAAGUUGGGUGAUGAGAUUGUUGUGUCACCAAGGAGUGAAGAGUCGUCUCCAGUGAAGGGUGAGCCGCCGAUGAAGAAGAAGUCAAGGUCGCCGAAGAAGGUCAUUGCUAGCAUGGCGCACCUGGUUGCGCGAAUGGUGUUCCGGAGGCACGAUGUUGUGCAUCCACUGUCAACGUCAGCCCUAGACCAGGCCCGACCCGCGGGAUCCCCCCUUCGGAAAUCUUGGACAGUGAAGCUCGAUUCAGAGGACGUAGACGGAGAAGAGGAUAUGCUCAACUUGGGGUUGGGCGGAUUUGAUGACGGAUCAGAGGGAUUAUGGACCAUGCCAAAAACUGGAGAUAGUUGGAGUAGUGACUGACGGGAUGGUCGGUUUUUUCUUACUUCCGUUAUCUUUUAGCUGUCGAUUUCUUAUUGUGUUGUUCCAGGGACAUCUGGAAUAUUGUACUAGUAUAGUUCGAGGGCCUACAGCGUUCGUCCUUUU